GACACAGACACAGACACUGCUGUCUAUUAUCAUCAUGAAUGUGAUGAUUGAAAUCGAGCUCACGGCACCGAGCCUUUCUCUCAGUGGCCAAUCAGAGGAAGAGCAGCGGGAAGCUGAAACAUCAGUAGCCUACAAAUGUGAGUGAGGGCACCAGUGUGGAGAGACACAGAGAGACCCAGAGACCCGGAAAAUCCCGUCCAUGACAGCUACAGACAUGAGCGCUCCGGCUGAAGAGGGAAUCCGAGCCAAUUGCAAGUGCAAGUCGCCUACUUUAUUCUCUUCAUACUGCAUUGAAAGCAUAUUGGGCAGAAGUCCUCUCAAAGUCAGGCUCCUCGGGAUGCAAAGUCUGACCGCAGCUCUUCGGACAGAGGAACACCAAGCUGGGCCAAAUUUGCCUCCUCACACGGACCUGCAGCUGCCACCCAAACUGCGGCCCCCGUUCAGUCCACGGCGAGAAGACGAGCUGGAGAGCGCACAAGGAGACGAGCUGGAGAGCGCACGAGGAACCGAGCUGGAGCUCAGAGCAGGUCUAAACUCCUGCUACCCGGAACAUGAACUCAUCAGUUCUCUAAAAAAUCGAGCUGCUCAGGAUAAAGUAGACCCGGAUAAGAGCAGAGAGCCUGGGGACACGCGUCUCUCCCCGGCACCUGAGGACGAACUGAGAGAGAAAAAGACAAACACCAAGGACAGCGAGGACGGUGUGUACGUGUCGCCGAGCAGUGAUGCCGAAGACGGGACACUGAGACGCAAACAGAGGAGAUACAGGACUACGUUUACAAGUUACCAGCUAGAUGAACUGGAAAGGGCUUUCCAAAAGACGCACUACCCUGACGUAUUCACCAGAGAGGAAUUAGCCAUGAGGCUCGAUUUGACGGAAGCGCGCGUACAAGUCUGGUUCCAGAAUCGGCGUGCAAAAUGGAGAAAAAGAGAGAAGGCUGGGGUUCAGCCUCAUCGUCUAGGCCUUCCAUUUCCUGGACCCAUCACAGCAGCACAGCCUCUAUGCCAUUAUCUAGGUGGGGGUGCAUUUAGCCCCAACCUGCACCCAGGCAUGGAGUCAGGGUGGCCUGUCUCCCUCCAUGGAUUCACCCAGCCCAUCCCGAACCCUGUACCCCCAAAUCGAAUCUGCUCUCUGCUUGGAGCAGCAAUGCUCAGACACCCUGCCCUGAUUAGUCCCUCCUUUGGAAGAUUCUUCACUCCGUUGGCACUUCAAAGACUGCCUGUUCCCACCACGGAGAAUCAAAUCCUGCCUCACCUUCACAUUCCUGAUCCUCCUUCCUCAUCUUCAUCCACUCUGUGUUCCUCUUCCUCGCCUGUGGAUCGCCGUGCAUCCAGCAUUGCGGCCCUGCGGCUCAAAGCCAGAGAGCAUUCGGCUCACAUCGGCCACUUCAGCGUCCUCACAGCCGGUACAGCUGAAAAAGAGGCCUAAUGUCUCGAUUCCUCCACCCAAGACAUGAGACCAAAGCUUAAAGUGCACUACAGCAUCAAGAGUCCCUUUGGAAACUCACAAGGAACAAAACUCUACUGACUACUGAAGCUUCAUGUUGGCUUUAAUUGAUGGAAGUAAUGCCAAAGGGACUUGAGUUCUGUAUAUUUUACAAUGGAUUCAAACAUUGUGCAUUAAUUGUAUGGAUAGGCAGAAUAUAUGUUGGAAAAGAAAAAGCUUUAAUGAAUAGUCUUCUUGUGUUAUUAAAAAAGAAACUUUUAUAUGUGCUUUUUGUAACUGUGUGAGCCAGAAAACUUAGUUCA